AUGAAGCGGAAGGCCACAACCACCGAUGGACCACGUAAGUUCCCAAACUACACGACCAUCCUUGAUGAGAGUGACUUAACUGUUACUCUCAUCAAGGAAGCACUAGAACUGAUUCCACUGAUCGAUAACGUAAACGUAAGACGUUCUUUUGUAGAUCGAUGGAUUGUAGAAUGCUCACAACAUGAAAACUUGUUGUCUAGCAUCCUAAAAUCGAUGUAUUUUACACAUCAAAAGCAGAGAUGUGUGAGCAUUCUGCAAUCCAUCAUUAGAUUUCGCGCGUUGUUCGAAUCUCACAUUGUAGAUGGCGCUGGAAUCGGUGAUCCAGACAUUAAUAAACGCGUUCGCUGGGAAGAGUGUGAGAGUGCAUUUGCGUGUAGACUGUACACCAAUGCAGUCCUAAACCUAGUCCACAUUGAUGUUAGCGCGUUUUUGGACGAUGCGUCCACGCUUUUUCAAGAUCACAUAAAAGGUGCCUUAAAUAAGAAUGGACCCAUUUUAGUGUAUGGUGUUCUCAUCGCCAACUUUAAGAGGGUUGAGAAUGGUGAGGAGGUUGUUAAGCCUAUCCCUUUCGGAUGCAAGGCUAACAGCAUCUUCCCCACCUCGGUUUUAGAUGAUUGGUUCGAUGAGAACAUAAAGCAACCAAUACUGCGCAGUGUCGAAGAGUUUUAUGAAAAGGGUUCAAAUUGGAGCCUGCAGUCGAUUAUAAGGCUCGAAAUCAAUGUUAAUAAGUAUAAUCCGAUGCGUGCAAGCUCUUAUAUUCGUUUACCUGCGCAAAUUAAAAACAAGAAUGCAUGCAUUAAUGUUGAAAACAAAGACAAACAAUGUUUUAAAUGGGUAGUAUUGUCAGCUUUGCAUCCAAAUGUAUCACAUCCUGAACGAGUUUCCAGUUUGAAAAGUUUUGAAGAUGAGUUAAAUUUUGAGGGAAUGGAAUUCCCAGUAACGUUAAAAAAUGUCCCAAAAUUUGAAAAGCAGAAUAAUAUUUCGAUUAAUGUUUACGGUUUAUUAAAAAGUUAUGGUAACUUUUCAGUGCAUCCUCUUCACCUCACUGCGGAAAAAAGGGAUAAACAUGUAAAUCUCUUGUACGUUGCGGAUACGUAUGCGGAUGAGAGUGUUGAAGAGAAUGUAAUAUGUGAUGGCGGUGAUUUUUUGAAUUUCCAUUAUGUAUGGAUAAAAGACUUAUCACGCCUUGUAUCGAAACAAUUGUCUGCUAAAAAUGGUAAAAAACAUAUAUGUGACAGAUGCUUACAUUAUUUUUUUUCCGUAGAUAGACUGAAUGAACAUCUCGAAAAUUGUAAAAAAAUGAAUGAGUGUAAAAUUAAAUUACCAAAGCCUGAUAAGAGUUUAAUCACAUUUAAAAAUUAUAAAAAUAAAGAAAAGGUACCAUAUGUAAUUUACGCCGACUGUGAAAGUCUACUUCUUCCCGCCGAUGAAGAUGUAGAUAAUUUAAGUAAGACUGAAGUGUUCCAGCGACAUAAAUUGUUAAGCAUAGGCUAUUUUAUAAAAUGUAGUUACGACGAAUCAUUAUGUAAAUAUGUACCUUGUCCGAAGCAUGAAUCCGACCCUGCCAAAUGGUUUUCUGAGGAAUUAAGGCAAUUAUCUGAAAAAAUUGAUAAUGUCUUUAAAAAUCCAUUACCAAUGACUGCAUUAACUCCUCAAGAAAUCAGCGAUUUUAAGCGAGCGACAAUAUGCCAUAUUUGUCAUCAGAAAAUAGCGGCAAGCGAUAAAAAAGUCCGAGAUCAUUGUCAUCUUACUGGCAAGUAUAGGGGUGCUGCCCAUGAAUCAUGCAAUCUGAAUUAUCAAGAUUGUCAAACGAUCCCUGUAGUUUUCCAUAACCUAAGUGGCUAUGACGCCCAUUUUAUAAUUCACGCAAUUUCUACGAGCUUUGAUGGGAAAAUUGACCUCCUACCCAUUAACAAGGAGAAGUAUAUCGCCUUCACAAAACAUGUUAAGGGGAGUGAGGUCAAGUUUCGAUUCAUUGACUCUUUCAGAUUCAUGGCAGCAUCCCUAGAAAAACUCGCAUCCUACUUGGAUGAGUAUAAAAUUGUAAACGCCGUUUUUGCCAGUACGGUGACUGAUCCGGAUAAAAUUAAGUUAUUAACGCGAAAGGGUGUUUUCCCCUAUGAGUACUUUGACUCAAAAAGUAAGCUUGAUGAGACAGAAUUGCCCCCGAAAGAGAAAUUUUACAGUACUCUUUAUGAUGCCGGUAUUUCUGAUGAAGAUUAUGAGCAUGCGCAGAAAGUUUGGUCCGAAUUUGAUUGUCAAAAUCUCUACGACUAUGUCCACUUGUACAUGAAAACAGAUGUAUUGUUACUUGCCGAUGUCUUUGAAAACUUCCGCGAACAAUGUGUUAUUGCGUACAAGUUAGAUCCUGCACACUAUUAUACGACUCCAGGUUUAACUUGGGAUGCUAUGCUCAAGUACACGAGUAUAGGAUUACAACUUAUAACCGAUAUUGAUAUGAUUAUGUUUGUUGAGUCGGGUAUCAGAGGUGGCAUUAGUCAAUGUUGUAACCGCUAUGCAAAAGCGAAUAAUCCAUAUAUGGAGAAUUUCGACGAAAACGAAGAUACAAGCUAUCUCAUGUACUUCGAUGCCAACAAUUUGUAUGGCUGGGCAAUGGCUCAAUCGCUCCCUUAUGGUGGUUUCAAAUGGGUUGAAAAUGUUGACGACUCUUUUAAUUUUCAUGUACCUGACGAUUCCCCUGUUGGGUACAUCCUAGAAGUUGAUUUGGAGUAUCCGAAAGACAUUCAUGAUACUCAUAAAGACAUGCCAUUCUGCGCUGAAAAUAAGAAACCUCCAUUGUCAAAACAGGAGAAAUUGUUAACCACUCUCAUGCCUAAAGAAAAAUAUGUUAUUCAUUAUCGAACGCUAAAACAAGUUGUGGCAAACGAUAUUAAAAUUGUGAAAAUCCACCGUGUCUUACAGUUUAAGCAAUCAACCUGGCUUAAACCAUACAUCGACUAUAACACAAUGAUGCGAACCAAUGCUAAAAAUGAGUUCGAAAAGAAUUUGUUUAAGCUUAUGAACAAUGCGGUGUACGGCAAGACGAUGGAAAAUGUCCGCAAACAUGUUGACAUUAAACUCGUCACAAAAUGGUUUGGCCGCUAUGGAGCUGAAGCUCUAAUCUCCCGCCCAAAUUUCAAAAGUCGAGCAAUUUUCGACGAAGAUCUGGUUGCUAUUGAAUUGCGCAAAGUCGAGGUACUACUCAACAAACCAAUCUAUGUAGGGUUAAGUGUGCUUGAUAUAUCUAAGACGCUAAUUUACGAUUUCCAUUAUGGUCACAUGUUGAAAAAAUACGGCGAUGCUUGUAAACUGCUGUAUACCGAUACAGACAGUCUUAUCUACGAAAUCAAGUGUGAAGAUAUUUACAAAGACAUGAAAAAAGAUAUUGACAAGUUUGAUACAUCUGAUUAUCCCGCGAAUAACGUCUAUGAUAUUCCGCAAGUCAACAAAAAAGUCCUCGGCCUCAUGAAAGAUGAGUGCAACGGCAGAAUUGUAACUGAAUUUGUUGGCUUGCGGAGUAAGAUGUACAGUGUACGGGUCGAAGAUAAAGAUUUUAUUAAAAAAGCUAAAGGUGUUAAAGCCGGCGUUGUUAAAAAGACCAUUCAAUUUGAUGAUUAUGUAAAAUGUCUAAGAGAUUUUGAUAUUCAAACUCGCACACAGUAUAAUAUAAGAUCGCGGCUACACAAUGUUGAAACUGUUAAACAGUUGAAAGUAGCCUUAUCUCCACAAGACGAUAAACGGUAUUUGUUACCGGGGAGUACCGAUACUCUACCGUGGGGUCACUAUGCGAUCCCAAAUCUCGACGAUUUGUAA